UUUCUAAACACCACGUUCGUCCCCCUCCCCAACCCUACUCCAAUCCCCCUUCAAUCUUCUCCUCUAGUACUCUGCAAAUGUCAUCCUUAUCGAUCCCUCUCUGAAAAAUUUAUCUUGACCGGUAAUUCUUCAUUGUUUUGGUAAAAUAUUUUGCUGUAGAUUUGCAGUUGUUAAAAGGAAAGAAUAAUGAUGGGAUAUGAGAACCAGGGCUAUGAAGAAGCCCAUCUGUAUGCAUCGAAAGAAGAAAUGGCUUCGCUAGUCCUCAACGAAGAUCCAUCACCACCGUCCAACGGCUCAAAGUCGUUUACUCACGACCCCUUUUCAUCAUCUCCGCAGUUCGUUGAAAUUCCGACCGAAGAUACUGAUCCCCUACAGUCGCCUUCACCGAAUCAAGUUCUUCCAAGUCACAGCUCCAUUAAUUCCAUCCUCGAACCCCCGUCUUAUGCUGACGCCAUCUUUCAGUCAUUUGACUCAGAUUAUGUUGAUUCUGCUGAAGUCGUUAGCCAAGAUCAGUCCCUGUCGGCGUUGCCAUCGUUUUCGUCAGAUUAUAUUAAAAUCUGUGUUUCGGAUCCACAGAAGGAGCAGGAGCAAUCUGGGUCACUUGUGCCUGGAGGGAGUUAUUAUUUCACAUAUUUGAUUACUACUUUCACGAAUUUGCCCGAGUUCAGUGGGGCAGAGUUCAAUGUUCGAAGAAGGUUUAGAGAUGUUGUAACUUUGUCUGAUAGGAUAUCAGAGAGUUAUCGCGGGUAUUUUAUUCCAAUUAGGCCUGACAAAAGUGUAGUCGAGAGCCAGGUGAUGCAGCAGAAUGAAUUUGUCGAGCAAAGGCGAAUAGCGUUGGAAAAAUAUUUGGGGAGGCUGGCAGUGCACCCGGUGUUAAAGCGGAGUGAGGAGCUGCGAGUGUUUUUGACAGUUUCAGGGAAAAUGCCGCUGGCAAGGACAACCGAUGUGGCAUCGAGGAUGUUGGAUGGGGCGGUGAGGCUGCCCAAGCAGCUGUUUGGCGGAGAGAGUGUAGUUGGAGGAGCGGCGGAGGUUAGUGAGGUGGUGCAGCCUGCAAAGGGCGGGAUGGAUUUGUUGAGGAUUUUCAGGGAGUUGAAGCAGUCAGUAGUGAAUGAUUGGGGCGCUACUAAACCCCCUGUCAUUGAGGAGGAUAAGGAGUUCUUGGAGAAGAAAGAGAAGUUGCAGGACCUUGAGCAGCAGAUAAGCAAUGUCUCUGAGCAGGCUGAAUCUCUCGUCAAAAAUCAUCAUGACAUGGGGGAGACAAUGGGUCAAUUGGGACUGGCUUUUGUGAAGUUAACCAAGUUUGAAUCGGAGGAAGCUAUUUAUGACUCUCAAAGAGCACGUGCUGCAGACAUGAAAAAUGUGAUAUUAACCAACAUUUCUUUGCCUUCACUACAGUCUCAAAUUGAUCUGAUUUCACUUUCUACUUUUCCUCAAACAACUCGUCUUCUCUUACAUUCCCAAAUCAAACUGUUGCUUGUUCAAAUUGAUAGCAGCCAACUGCUGGCCAAGAAUCUUAUGAUCCACCACAUACAUAAAUGA